CCGGGGCGGUGCGCGCGCCCUCCGCCCCGCCCGGCCCCGUGCGCGCUCUCCGCCAUGGCCUUCGCCACGCGCCCCUUCGUCCGCGCCGCCUCUUCCGCGGCCGCCGCGGCCGCCGCCAAGAAGCUGGUGGUCAAGCACGUGACGGUGAUCGGCGGCGGUCUCAUGGGCGCGGGCAUUGCCCAGGUUGCAGCAGCCAGUGGUCACACUGUGGUGUUAGUAGACCAGUCAGAUGAAAUCCUUAAAAAGUCUACAAAAGGAAUUGAAGAGAGUUUGAAGAGAAUGACAAAGAAGAAAUUUGCAGAUAAGCCUGAGGCUGGUGCCGAGUUCAUUGAGAAGACUUUAAAGAACCUCACAACAAGCACAGAUGCAGUAGCAGUGGUUCACAGCACGGAUCUGGUGAUAGAAGCCAUUGUGGAGAACCAGGAAGUUAAAAAUGAACUCUUCAAGAGGCUGGAUAAGUUUGCUCCAGAGCAUACGAUAUUUGCGAGCAACACCUCAUCCUUGCAAAUCACGGAGUUGGCUAACUCAACCACCAGACAGGACCGAUUUGGUGGUCUCCAUUUCUUCAACCCUGUGCCUAUGAUGAAGCUUGUGGAAGUCAUCAAGACUCCAAUGACCAGCCAAAAGACUUUUGAAUUGCUUAUGGAUUUCAGUAAAGCAGUAGGAAAGAGUCCUGUCAGUUGUAAGGACACUCCAGGGUUUAUUGUAAACCGUCUCUUGGUGCCAUAUAUGAUGGAAGCUGUUCGACUUUUUGAGAGAGGAGAUGCAUCAAAGGAAGAUAUUGAUGUUGCUAUGAAGCUUGGGGCUGGUUAUCCCAUGGGUCCAUUUGAACUGCUGGACUAUGUUGGGUUGGAUACCAGUAAAUACAUUAUAGAUGGAUGGCAUAAAUUAGACCCCAACAAUCCUCUUUUUGCACCCAGCCCACUCCUGAAUAAACUGGUAGAAGAGAAGAAGCUGGGUAAAAAGACUGGAGAAGGAUUUUACAAAUACAAAUGACCUCCAGACCUCAAGAGGUGUUAAAACGAUGUUUGUAUGCUACUCAGCUUUGCCAUAUUACAGGUGAAUUCUGUUCAGACCUUCCCAAGGAUGGCACAGCUGCAUUUAGAACAUAACUCACCUCUGAACUGAGUGCACUAGGUAGCUAUUUCUCUGCUGAAAGCUUGAUUUGGUAGAUUAUUUUUUUUCUGGUAAUUCUGAAAAGCUUUAUAUGUACAGUGCCUUCUUGCAGUUGUUGAUUUUUCAGGUGCGGAACAGAAUGAUAAGUAUGGGAAACAUUGUUAUUGGGAAAGUCCUAAAAAUAACUGCACUUUCUUAAAAAUAAAAUUUUUAAGAAUCCUUUAUCGAAUGUCAUGGCUUGGAGUUGAUGUACUUGGUUGUAGUCCACUGGGUGGCAGUCUGUUUUCACUCUCGCAGACAUAAGGAUGGAAAGACAGUAAGUUGUUUUAGGAUUUUUCUUAAAUGCAGUGCUAAUCCGUAGGUGUAAAUUACAGUGCCUUGAACAGUAACUUUUUGAAUGUCAUGUUGUUCAAGAAAAAAAUACAAAUCCUGCAAUGGCAGGCUGUCACCUGGACAGAAAGUUCCCAAUACAGCAUUUAAAAGCAGAAUUGGUGAUUUUCUGACAUUUUCAAUUACCAGUUGAGGGCCUUAUUUCACUAGGUGCUGCAUAAAUAAUAAUAAAGAAGUAAUUUCUUUUCUGAAGGGCCUAAUACAUAGUUUAUUUUUUUUAUUAGGUAAGCUAGGAGACUGAUCAAAGCUUCUGUAUGCUUUCUAGAGUCCUGUAAAUUUGCUUUAUUUACUGCCUACUCGUUUUAAGUGUGAUUUUGCACACUACACUACUGCUGUAGUUGAGUGCUGUUGCAAAUGAGUUUUUUAGAUAAAAGUCAUAUUUAGAUGAAAGUGUGAUUUAACAGAGUUCAAUGACAAGGUCAUGCUGUUACAUGGAGGAAACGUACAAAGAAAAAUGGGAAUAUAGUCCAUGUGGAGUGAUUUACACAUGGACUGGGGAUGCAUCAAGUCAUGAUGUUCAGAAUGGACCCUCUUGCUUUCUAAACUCCUUCUCCCAGGAAUCUAGGUGCAGCUGAAUCCAAUCCUAGUCCCAGACUUGGUUGACGGUGUAUGGCUAAGAUGUAUAGAGGGUAAUAGUUCUAUGUGUUUAGAGCUAAAAGGAUUGUAUGUGCACACCUGAUCCUCUGUAUCUCUUAACUAGGAUUUCAAAGUUUAAUUGUGCUGCUCCACUUACCUUGCUGACUCUGCCAGGUGUCAUUCCUUCUGAAGUCCGAAACUGAGGUUUCAUGAAACAGACUCAGGCAUAGGAUUUCAUAAAAUAAAUAACUUAAUAGAGCAGUACAGCAGCAUGUUCAGCUCCAGAGAGAGUGACGACACGAAUUAAGAAAUCCCUGGGCAAUUAUACCCUUACAGACUUAUUUAACUGCCCCUCAUAUGAUGGUUUGAUCCAGUAUUAAUAUUCGGAUCUGAGGUUUUCUGGUUCCUUAUUGGAUUCCUUCGCUGUCUUUAAGACAGAUUGUUAUCUUGUCUUAGUUGCAGCUGUUGUUGAUGGUCUCUAGCUUCGAAGCAUGUAUAUCUUGUGGGUUUUGUUGACUCUCAGUUUCAUCUGAGUAGGUUGUAUGCCGUGGGAAGGUUUUAAGUGGAAAAUCAGAGCUUGUGGCCUAGUGCUUCAGUAAGUCGUAGAAUCAGAAUUAUAGAAUCACCAGGUCUGGCUACUCGUGCUAAGAAAGUUUAAGCAAAGCUAGGCCAACAGCAUUCUAAAUCACACAAUAUUGUAACUCUAAAUGAUUUAUGCUAUUUUAAAUACUACUUAUUUAAGCUAAACAACUAAUCCCUGCUAGAGAGGAGGAUUGCUUAGUGCGCAGUCCAAUUGCUGUCCAGGGAGAAUUCAAAUGGGGCUCACCACCAAUCUGUUGCUUGUAGAAGAUCUCAGUGCUUUGAGAAGGACCCUUGAGAGGCAUCCCAGCACAUGAGAUCAUUGCCACACAGCCACACUGCCUACCAGAGGGGUCUCAAAGAAGGCUCACUUUGGCAGUUAUAUUUAUGACAAAACUAUUUAUGAUCAUAUUGAUGAUAAAAGUGGCUGGCUCAUAGUCAAAUUGCAUAAUAUAGGAGAGAUAUGCACAAGGCUCCUUAUACUCACAGUUUAUCCACAUUCACUGUGUCACUGUGCUCCUUGUGGGUUUCCUGGAGGAGUUCUUGGCCCUAUUGUGGACAGGCCUUUAUCUCCUCUGGAACGUGACCCAAACUGCUGCUGGUUUGGCUAAGGCGGGCCAGGAAUCAAGUGCAUCCCUCACAGCUACUUCAGGGAAUUGAAAUUAGAGUCUGUGCUGUGUAAACAAAUAGGUGUGUCUAGCUCUGUGAGGCACCUUCUGUUUUGCAAAUUUAUUUCCUUGGGGCUUAGCAGAGACUGGAUUUGUUCAUGGCUGGAGUGCUGCAAAUCCUGCCUUUUGUCAAAAUAUUGCAGAGCAAGUUGGCAUGAGGGUUAGAGUUCAGUUCAACCGAGCAGUAGCCUUCUCUUACUUUAUGUAUUUUGGAUCUGCAAACUGAGUGCUUAUAUGUAUUUUUUCAUUAAAG